AUGGCCUUGAGUCAUAUGCCCAUUGGCCAGCUAUUAGUCUGGGCACUUCUUGUUCUUAUUGGUACCAGGCUUGCAUGGGAGAUCCUGUUCUCUUCCCUAAGACAUUUUCCAGGCCCCUUCGCCGCCAAAUUUACAAACAUUUGGCGCGCUGUCAGAACCUAUCAUGGUCGCGUCGAUUUGGAUACAUGGCGGUUACAUCAGCGAUAUGGCAUCGCGGUGCGCAUUGGACCGAACACCAUCAGCCUUAGCGACCCGAAUCUGAUCAAGACUAUUUAUCCGGUUCGAAAUGCAUGGCGAAAGUCCGAGAUGUAUAAGCCGAAUGACAUCAUGGUCAAUGGUCAGCGAGUGGAGAAUCUCUUUAACACGCCUAACGAAGAAUGGCACAAUAAGAUGAUGAAGCCUAUUCGUAACAUGUAUACGUUGGGCAAGAUACAGGACGUGGAGCCUUGGAUGGAUGCGACGCUGAAUAAGUUCACCUCGAAGUUGGAGUCAAACUUCGUGGAUGGCAGUAAUGCUGGGAAAAUUUGCAUGAUGGACGACUGGCUUGGCCACUUCGCCUGGGAUGUUAUGGGUAACCUGACAUUCGGCAAGGAGUAUGGCUUUCUCGACGAGCAAAAAGACGUUCAAGACCUCAUUGGCCGAUCGACACAGGGGUUGUAUUAUUUCGCUCCCGUCUCGCAGAUUCCUUGGAUUGACAACUUCCUGGACAAGAAUCCUAUCAAGCGCUUCGGUCCUGAGCCACUUACUGGACUUGUAUUACUAGCCUUACAAAUAAUCAACGACUCCCAACAACAGCUAAAAACCGGCGGAAGUAAGGCACGACAUGAAGUCGAAACUCUGAUGGACAAGGUUCUAGAACUCAAACAGACGCAUUCAGAUCUCGUCGAUGAUAACCAGGUAUUACAGUACCUGAUGCUUAAUGUCACCGCUGGGGGCGACUCAACCUCGUCGGCAAUGCGCUCCGUUGUGUAUUACCUAGCCAAAACGCCAGCCGCAUACAGCAAGCUCACAGCCGAACUUGAACAAGCAGCCCUCAAAUUACCAGCAUUAUUCAAAGAAGCUUCCCAGCUCCCAUACCUGGACGCCGUUAUCCGCGAGGCAAUGCGCUUGUCCCCAGGCGUAGGACUCGUGAUAGAGCGUAUUGUGCCAGAGCAGGGUCUAACACUUGCCGACGGUCGCUUCAUCCCAGCAGGCACCCGCGUUGGACUCAACCCCGGGGUCACCAAUCACGACAGCGAGGUUUUUGGCGACGAUGUGUUCACAUUUAAUCCUGACCGUUGGCUGCAAGCGAAAGGAGAAAGCAAUGCUGAGUUUGAGGAGCGCCUUAGAAAAAUGCGUGAAACCGCCGAAUUUGUAUUUGGUGCUGGUAAUCGAAUAUGUAUGGGUCGCCAUGUCGCAACAGUGGAGAUUUAUAAGUUGAUUGCCACCAUGUAUAGCAUCUAUGAUAUCAAAUUAGAAAACCGGAGCCACGAGUGGAAAUAUAGAAAUGCGUGGUUUAUAUAUCAAACGGACAUGCCUAUGAUCAUUUCGCGUCGUGUACAUAGCUGA